AUGUGCUUUGUGGGAGAUACAUUCACAAGAAAACCUCCAAAGUUCGAACGUUUUAUCCGUCCAAUGGGUUUACGUGUGAAGAAGGCCAAUGUUACUCAUCCCGAACUGAAAACCACUUUUCAACUACCAAUAAUAGGUGUCAAGAAAAACCCAAGUUCUCCUAUGUAUACUACACUUGGCGUUAUAACCAAAGGCACAGUCAUUGAGGUGAAUGUCAGUGAUUUGGGUUUAGUUACACCAGGUGGCAAAGUUGUAUGGGGUAAAUAUGCUCAAGUAACAAAUAAUCCUGAAAAUGAAGGUUGUGUAAAUGCUGUUCUUAUUGUAUAA